CAGCCUCUCCGGCCACUGCUGGGCAGCGGGCGGGACGCCGGGGGCGGCGCGCGCAGGAGGAAGCGCGCUGGGCCGCGGCCCGGGAUCUGCCCAGACGCCGAGUCGGGAACGCCGGCCGCCGCGUCCCCAGUGCCAGGUGCGCGGGGUUGGGGGCGCAGUCCCGGGCGGUGGCUGCUGCGCGCGGGCCGGCUUUUCCUUCCGCUCGCCCCGCCCGGCCUCCAGGCUCCCUGCUCCCGGCCCCGCGUCCCGGGCCCCGGGCCCGCUUCGCCCGCCGCCCAGACCAGCCCGCUACGCCCCUCCACGCCCCCCGGCCGGCCGCGCGCGGGCUGAUGUCCUGAGCUCGCCGCCGCGGGCUCCGCGUCCCGCCCGGGCUGCCCUGGGAAGUUGGGCGAGGCGCGCCGGGUAUGCGCCAUCACCAUGUCCCGCCUGGACGCGUGGCUCGGUGAAGUCCAGUGGCUGGUCUUGGUGUCGCUCUUCGUCGUGGCCUUGGGCACCGUGGGCCUGUACCUGGCGCAGUGGGCGCUGGCCAGGGCGCGAGCUCGGCCCCCGCGGCGGGCGGCGCAGCCGGCCGAGGACCUGCGCCCGGAGUCGGACGUGCUGCUCUCCUGGAUUCUGAGGCUGAACAGCUGGAGGAGCCAGUGGCAGGCCGCCUGGGUGGCCGCCCUGAACCAGGAGGCCAGGCGGAAAGGGGGCCCGCUGUCCCUGUCCUUCGAGGAGGACCCGCAGCAGCCGCCCCUGGAGCUGGCGGUGCAGCAAGUCUCCAGUGGGGCCCGGUCGGCUCAGGAGAAGGUGGUGUCUUGUCGCGUGGUGGGCAAGGCCAUCCAGUUCCUGGUCCGUUCGGGGCCAGCCUCGCCCGAGGACACGGGGCGCCAGGAGUACAGUGUGCGGCUCGCCCCGCUGCAUUUACAGCUGGAGCUCCGCAUGAAGGAGGAGAGAGAGGACAUUCCGAUCCGGUGGUCCUUCCUCAGCCAGCCGGAGAUGGCCAUUACCAUCCAGCCCCGAGCCCCGGGGGAGGACCGGGCGGUGGAGGUGAAGGCAAUAUGUGAAACUCUCAAGGACAUCCUGAAGUACCUGGUUAGCUCCGCCUCCCCGUCGGUGGUUCUGAGCACCAGGCCCGUGGACGUGCGGGAAGUCCAGACUCUCCAGCGCACCUCGCCGGUCCCGCAGGAACCCUGCCCUCCCAAACCUCCACGGGCCCAUGACCUCAAGCUGCUGGUGAAGAGCAUCCGGGCCUCGCUGCUCAGCCAUCCUGGUGCUCCAGGCCCCGCUAACCUCCGCUGCCAAGUUCAGCUGAACGAUCCCGUUCAGAAGCUCUCCAGCGUCCUCCCGAAAAACACUACUGACCUCACCUGGGAAGAAGAGUUCACCUUGUGCGUGCAGCGGUUCCCGCGGGCCUGGGUUUCCAUGGUGACACCUACUCGAGACUGCCAACCCCUGAGAUCAUUUCAUAGCACACAAAAAUUACUUCUCAUUUGUAAAAAGCAUAUGAAGCAUCUGAGUGAGUUGAACGCCAAGUCGAAGGAGUUGCACCUGCAGAUUUUGGAGGAUGGGCAGUCCUCAGAAGCUCUGCUGGCGACGACGACCAUCCCUUUAGAUCUGUUCAAGAAGCAGCCUUCCGGGCCCCAGAGCUUUCUGCUGACCCACGGGCCCGCGGGGGACGGCGCGGCCCUGGGCUCGGUCACCGCGGAGUUCUGUUACGUGGAACCCGCAGAGGCGAAAUCCUGGCACACCCCUCCGCCCGUUCCUGCGGCCAAGAUAGAGAAAGACCGCACGGUGAUGCCCUGCGGGACUGUGGUCACCACCGUCACCGCCGUGAAAACCAAGCCUCGCUUCGACGCCGGGAGGGCGUCCCCGCUGAGCUCGGAGUCUCCGCUGCGGACGCCCGUCAAGGUGCGGGUGAUCGAGAAGGACAUCUCCGUCCAAGCCGUCUCCUGCCACAGCCCUCCCGUCAGCAAAACCCUGUCUUCUUCAGACACAGAACUGCUGGUGUUGAACGGCUCGGAUCCCGUGGCCGAGGUCGCCAUCCGGCAGCUCAGCGAGUCUUCGAAGCUGAAGCUGAAGUCGCCGCGGAAGAGGAGCACCAUCAUCAUAUCAGGGAUCUCCAAGACCUCUCUGUCUCAGGACAAUGACGCUGCCCUGAUGCUGGACUAUGCGGCCUCCAUGGACAGCAACUGCCAGGAGGGCACCCCGUCCCAGCCGGAGGCGGCCUCGGCCUCUGCCCCGCCCGAAGAGGAGGAGGAGGCGGCCUCAGCCCAGGCCUUGCCGGCCCCGGAGCCCCAGGACUGCGAGCUGGCCUCCUGGGACUCGGAGAAGGAGUCGCAGGCCGAGGUGUGGGACGGCCAAGCCCCGCUGGACCCCGAGGGGGAUGAGCUGUCGGAGAGCUCCCUGAGUGUCUGGGAGCCGGGGGCCCCCAAAAAGCAUAGAGGAGGCAUUUUAAGGAGAGGUGCAAAGCUCUUCUUCCGCCGGCGGCAUCAGCAGAAGGACCCCAGCCUGAGCCAGUCCCACAACGACCUGGUGUUCCUCCAGCAGCCGGAGGGGGCGCGGAGGAAGGGGGCCACGCUCUCCAGGAUCCUCAACAAGAAGCUGCUGUCCAAGCACAGAAGCAAGAUUGCCAUGAACGGCGCCCCCAGGGACCCCGGGGUGUAGGUCCAGGUGGGCGGCCUCCUUCGUGGCGAUGCUGGAGAUGUGGACCCGCUAACGACCCGCCAGGACGGAGUGGGAUGCCAGCAGGCCGGUCUAGCUGGGGUUUUCCCGGCAGUGUCGCUUUUUGAAGGGGAAGAAAAGUCUGAGAUUUCCCCAGAGAGAACUGACCGAACCUGUUUACCACCCGACGCCAGAGGAGGGGGGACUCCGCCCGGCGGCUGAAGUUCAAUGUCGGGAGGAGGUUUCCAUUAUGAACUAGAGAACACAGUGCAGUGGGCGUGGACGGGCCAGGCUGGGGCCUCAGUUUCACCCACGCGCUGCUCCAACGGGUAUUGCUUGGGGUCCACGCCUGGACCACGUCACAAGGAGCAGACGACCCUCUGUGCUGUCACUGCGAACGAUGCAUAGGUCACCUCUUCUGUUGGCUGCUCAGGACAGAACAGUGCAGCGGGCCCCGGGGCCAGAGAGGUGGGGCACAGGCAGAUUUGGGUGAAUAGAGAAAUUACGAUAGGAAUGGAAACACUAUGACAAAUGUGGGAAGACAUUUGCCUUUGCUAUUAGCCAUAGAACUUGAAAAAUUAUGCAAAUACUAAAUAUAUCCUAUGCAUAUUAUGCUGAACACUUUCCUAAGUGUACGUUGAGCCUAUUUACAAGUGGGAGAUAUAUAAAUUCUUAUAUGGUUUUUACACUUUCUCUAGUGUCCAAAGCUCUAACGGUGGACUUUCCCCCUGUCUGGCUCACACGAAACGGGUGCAGCGCGCCUCUCCAAUGCACUUAGGAGCAGUAAGUGACAGCCGAGAGAACGUGGUACCCACACACACAUACCUGGAUUUUCUCUCGUCCGACGUUGGUUUGCCAAAUAUUGCCAGUAGCUGAAACAAAGUACUUUUUGGGCAAAAGAGGAAAUUAUUUUAUGUCUCAGGUGUGAGUCUUAGGAAGGGAAGUUUAGUGAAACACGGGCCAGGCUUGCAUCCGAUUCCUUCCAGGAGCUCGUCUGAAUUCUACUGUGAACAGACUUGGCAGACUUUGGGGGGAAGGUGUGUUUUUAUUUCCAGUGGAUCAAACGAUAAGCUUGCUAUACAACUUCAAUAUCCUCCGUGACUUUCCAAGCACAUCCCACGGCAGGAGCCACUUGGGUUCAGUCACAGUUGUCACGCUGCUCCACUCCUGAAAGUGCCACUUGCGGGAAACGGGCUCGUUAACAGGAGUCAUCGUCAGCGUGAAGGGUGCUGACGGCUUAAUCAGAGUCAUCUCCCCCCAGUGAGCUGUAAAAGGCUGUUACGAAAACUCAGCCUCUGUCACGGAUGUGAGUUUGGGGGGACUCCUCUGUACAGACACUUCUGUUAAUCCUCAAACAUCUAUUUCAGGGGUAAGAGAGCUCUUGAUGAGCUAAAACCUUUCUAAAACCAAAAUUAUAGAAUCCUUUCCUUCCUUUAUGUGGAGGGAGGAAUUGGAAGACUGCAUUAAGAAUUUCACUUUAAAAUAAUACAUAUUUAAAAAUUCUUAGGUGUCCCAGCAAUCAAGGGACUGUAAAGUGACUUUUUUUUUUAACCAUACUUUGUUUUUAAAGAUGAUAUUCCAAUUUUAAUCAUUGUAAAGUAGCACCUGUCAUUAUGAAAUACAUGAAUUCCAAACUCAUCCCCAGGGUCAGCAACCACUACAGGCCUUUUUGGGACCGAGGGUCGCUUUAACGUUCGUUGUGUUUUGCUUGAAGGAUUCCUGUCCUUUCUCAUGGUAAGCGGACAUGGAACACGCACGAAUUAAUUCUAAGGGGACUGAUGUGUGAGAAGAUGACACUGGUCAGAAGUUCUUAGUACAGUUCCGUGUUUAAGUUUGGAAUUGAGAGGGACUCAAUCAGCUCCAGUGUGAAGGUAUCAGAGUUUUAGACUGAGUUUUUCUCGCUCUCAAAAAUCAAAACACAACCACAACGUUUCAGCCAUUGCCGUCCCCAGAUCGGCCCCAGGAGCACCCUGUCCACUGUUUACUCUUCGCCAAGGGCUCCGCUUCCUCAACGUCCUCGUGACUUGAAACCUCUCCGGGCUCCUGGGAAGGUGCCCGGCGGGCGGGCUCCCUCUCACCCUCGUGCGUGAAGCGAGUGAGUGGACGCGGAAGAGAGCGCGUCGUCAUGAGGUCCAUGUUUCUUCGUGUGUGCUGGGUACACGUGAGACCUCUGUCCUGAGUUUGAUCCGGGAGCCCGUCCUCCAGGCGCACACACUGGCCGCCAUCCUGGCCUUUCCUGACGUUUCAGAGGCAAAUGUAGCGGGAACAGAAGGACAGAUGCCGUCAGGCGGCCCCGCGAGGCAGGGCUGUGUCUAUACUGUGAAUGUGUCCUUCCCGAGCUGUGUAUCCAGGUUUGUUUCUUAAAGGUGUCGGGUAUUUAUGUUAAAGUCAAUGUCACUAAGGUGUAAUACCAAUUACGAUAACACACCGGAUACAAAACACACUAAUUUGUGAGUCACCGAUCCCCUUACCCUUUCCACACGCUUUAGUGGCGUGAGGGCUCGAGUUUUGGUUUUGAUGAAAUUUUUUCAGAGUGAUUCCUCAUGAACACUCAUCGGCCCGGUCCAUCUGGACCCGGAGCACACGCUGGUUGUAACACGCUGGCUACGCUUCCGCGCUUUGCGUAAGGACCCCCCUGUGGUCUUUGUGGAGGAAGGAGAUGGAGUUUGCGCGGGCUUUAAUGUGGCAUUAACGAAAGUAUCCGUCUCGCUGUUCUGUUCAAAACCUGCUGUGAGGGAGGUUUAGACAGAGACUUCACUUAGAUCCAGGCUCAAGUUGAAGUUCAAAGCCAGCCUGGGGUUCCUGGGGAUGGCCGCCAGGCCAGGCGCAGCCAGCCAGUCACAAAUUAGAAGCCUGCCCAGAUGGUGAUGGAGCUUCUGGCCACAUGGGGAGCAGAGUCGCAAAUCUUGAGCAGGAGAGGAAGGUGAAUGUGCACUGCUGCGCCCAGUGCGAUGCUCCCUGAGUAAUAGUCUCACGGCCCUGGGAACCUCACUGUACAAGCUGGUGGGCACUGGGGGUCAGGACGCUUACCUCCGCCAGGUGGCAAGCAGACCCCGAUGCCACUGCCCAACCCGCCCAGGCUGGGUACCGAAGUGAGGGGCACAGGGACCCGCCCGCUAAGACCUGCACAGCAGACUUGGGUCCCCCGGGUCCUUUCCCGAGCAUCCCUCCUUCCCGUGUGAGGAGGCACCUGCCCAGCCCGCCAGCUUCCCACCGUCGGGAAAGUACCAUUUAUAACGGAGGCUUGUGCUUUUGUUGCCCGAUGUCACACUGAAGUUACAUUUUAAAAUGGGAGAAAACAGGUUUUCUAGGGGAAAGGGCUGGCUUGCCCGCUGGUUGAUGAAUUUGCAAGACGAUGAUUGUAUUCCUUGGUAGCACUUUAGAACCCGGUUCCAGGCCCGCGCCAGCCCUGCAGUGGGUUCAUCUGGAGAAGAUGUGGCUGGGACAUGGGUGCUCUUUAAAGAAAUAAACGUGCACAUGGAA